AUGGCACAAUCAAACCCUGCCAACGUAAUCAAAUUCCUGCAUGUCAUUGAGAAUUUAAAGAGAACAAAACGCACUGGAUGGCUAGACAAUGGCAUCAAGGGCGCAGAGUCUAUUUCAGACCAUAUGCAUCGUAUGGGUAUCAUGGCAAUGCUUGUCAACGACCCUUCCCUCAACAGAGAAAGAUGUAUCAAGAUGGCCAUUGUACAUGAUCUCGCUGAAGCUGUCGUGGGCGACAUUACUCCACAUGCAGGCGUCAGUAAAGAGGAAAAGUUUCGUUUAGAAAAGACCGCUAUGGAUGGCUUCAAGGAAUCUCUAGGCAACACAGACACUGCCAACGAAAUUGUCGAUUUAUGGCAUGAAUAUGAAGACGCCAAGACGCCAGAAGCGCUAUUUGUGAAGGAUUUGGACAAGUUUGAGAUGAUUGUGCAAGCAUUGGAAUAUGAAAAAUCCGACAAGAAAAAGCUGCAAGGAUUUUUUGAUUCAACAAAGGGCAAGUUCCAGCAUCCCACUGUCAAGGCAUGGGCUGAAGCAUUGUACAAGGAGAGGCAGGAUGUAUUGAAGGACUUGGAUUAA